AUGGCAGGCAAAGGAAGUAACACAGACUGCAUGUCAUGCAGUGUACUGAACUGGGAGCAGGUCAGCCGUCUGCAUGAGGUUCUUACAGAGGUGGUUCCGAUCCAUGGACGAGGUAACUUCCCAACGCUGAAGAUAACUCUGAAGGACAUUGUUCAGACUGUUCGGAGUAGGUUGAGUGAAGCAGGCAUUGUGGUACACGAUGUUCGUCUGAAUGGCUCUGCAGCUGGUCAUGUCCUGGUCAAGGAUAAUGGGUUGGGAUGCAAAGACCUGGAUCUCAUUUUUCAAGUUUCUCUUCCAAGUGAGGCAGAGUUUCAGUUAGUUCGAGAUGUGGUGUUGCGAUCCCUCUUGAAUUUCUUGCCAGAAGGAGUAAGCAAGCUAAAAAUCAGUCCAGUAACACUGAAGGAAGCCUACAUCCAGAAGCUAGUCAAAGUGUAUACAGAGUCUGACCGUUGGAGCUUGAUAUCACUUUCCAACAAACAUGGCAGGAACGUGGAGCUGAAGUUUGUAGACUGUAUACGACGACAGUUUGAGUUCAGUGUGGACUCCUUCCAAAUCAUACUGGACUCGCUGCUCUUUUACUAUGACUACUCGGAAACCCCCAUGUCAGAGCACUUCCAUCCAACGGUGAUCGGGGAGAGUAUGUAUGGAGACUUUGAAGCAGCUUUUGAUCACCUCCAGAACAAGCUGAUAGCUACCAAAAAUCCUGAAGAGAUCCGAGGUGGUGGGCUUCUGAAAUAUAGUAACCUCUUAGUACGAGACUUCAGGCCCAUGGAUAAGGAUGAGAUCAAAACAUUAGAGCGCUACAUGUGCUCCCGAUUCUUCAUAGACUUCCCAGACAUCCUGGAUCAGCAGCGCAAACUAGAGACCUACCUCCAGAACCACUUCUCCAAAGAAGAGAGGAGCAAAUAUGACUACCUCAUGAUUCUGCGCAGGGUGGUAAAUGAGAGCACAGUCUGUCUCAUGGGACAUGAACGAAGGCAGACUCUCAACUUGAUUUCUCUGCUAGCACUCAAAGUACUGGCAGAACAAAACAUCAUCCCUAAUGCCACUAAUGUUACCUGUUACUACCAGCCAGCACCUUACGUUAGUGAUGUAAACUUCAGCAACUACUAUCUUGCAAAUGCUCCUGUGCCGUACAGCCAGUCCUAUCCUACUUGGUUGCCUUGCAAUUGAUUGUUUCACUUGAGCAUUCUUGAGUGGAGGCUACUGAAGGCCAAGAUGCUGAGUGUUUAUAAAGACAAUUAAUAACUGUCAGUUGGAGGUUUUCUAAUGGAAACAUGACUGCAUUGGACUGCCGAUUUCCUGGUGUGCAGUAGGAGUAUGCAACCAGGUGACCUGCUAUGAACCUUUCAGUAUAUCUCUAUAAAUGCAGAGAAGCCUUAUUACCUCUUCGUUAGGAGAAGAGAACCAGCAGCCAAACGUUAGAGGAGUAGUUACAAAACUCGGUACUAUUCUGGAAAUGGCUGUUAAUGUGUGAUCUAAGUGGAGUAUUCAGUAAACUGGGUUAGUUAAUAG